UCCGCAUUGAUCCAGGCACCAUGAGCACCGCCACGACUCCAUCAGACCGACCCGUCGUCCUCGUCACCGGAGCCUCACGCGGUAUCGGUCUCGCUGCUGUCGAAUUCCUGCUGGGCGCGACUCCUUCGCCUACCAUCGAAGGGCCAUUUAACGUAGUCACCUUGUCCAGGUCGCUUCCGGAGCCGCUGGCGAAGCUGCAGAGGGAACACGGCGAGCGCCUCAUCUGCGUGCAGGGCGACGUUCUGGACGAGUCCGUGCACAAAUCGCUCGUAGAGAAGGCAGUGGCCAAAUGGGGCCGCCUUGACUCCUGCAUCCUCAACGCAGGCGUCCUCAACAUCGGUCGCGUGGGCGCUCCUUCCUCCUCAUCCAAUGCCCGCUCCGAGCCUCCCGCCUCUUGUGCGCAACAAAUCGCAGUCAACCUCUCUUCCCUCUUCACCACCUUGCACCACACCCUGCCCCACAUCAGAGAAAGCCCUACAGGCUUAGGCAGGGUACUCAUCACAAGCUCUGGAGCUGCUGUGGGCAAUUAUGCUGGUUGGGCGAUGUACAAUGCCGCCAAGGCUGGGGCGAAUGCUCUAGCGAGGACCGUAGCGAAUGAAGAGAAGGGCAAGGUGGCGGUUUGGGCCGUGAGGCCGGGAGUCGUGGAUACGGAGAUGAUCGGCAUGAUCUGCAACAAAGGCCUCGAGCUUGGAAUGGACGAUGCCGCCAUCAAGAAGUUCCACGGGCUCCGAGACGAGGGCAAGCUCCUCGACGCCCGCGAUCCCGCUCAUGUCCUUGCCGCACUUGCUGUGCGUGGGACACUGGACGAGCCCAAGACGAAGGAUGGGAAGGGCGCCGGUGGAGCAGGGGAAUUUGUCAGCUUUGAUGAGGAGCAGAUGAGUCAGUACUGGUGGGCGGAGAGAGUGGAGAAGCAAGGCGGGAAGUAAGGCGAAGAGCGAGAACUUGCAAGG